CCCUCCCGCGCGUGUGUACACACACACCCAGCACAACAAAAGAAGAUGAAUAUGCACACUGCUGCUUUUCGCAGGGAUGGUACACAUCUGUGUGUUACACCUAUACACAUACUAGCACAGGAGAAGAUGGACAUGAAUGCCCUACAGAGGACGGAACAAGUCUCAUCAAAGGAGUUUGCUUUUUCAAGGAUACACUUCUUCCCUCUCAUUAGUUUUGUAUUUAUUUUCUUCAUUUAUUGGAUAAUUGGAGAAAAAAGUAAUAGCGACUACAUUCCUACUGUCUACCCUGUUGGGAAAAAGAAGCAGCCACCCUUAAUGGCGUGUGGCGUUCCAGUGCAAACUGAUCUGAUCAUUAAAGUCAACAAUCUUAAAACAUAUAUGGUCAGCUCCUACAUAGAGCACCGCCAUGCGGUGAAAAUGAUCCAGACAAUUGCUAUAGUGCUUCGUAGUGAAAACACAAAUUAUCACUGCUUGCUGUGCUGCAAUGGACAGAACGUAUCUGUACCCGCUGCAUACGAAAUUCACUCUGACCACUUUGGGUUUGAAUACGGCACAGCUGAUAUUACCUGCAAAAUACCGGAAACAUGUCCAACACCAACACAUGUGGCAAUCACUUCUCCAUCACCGAAAGAGAAUGGAUCCCUGCUGGAUGUUCAUGCCUUCCAACCUGUUAGGAAUCAACAGAAGCUGGAAGUUUUUCCUUACGAAUUCACGGUUUGCAUUUCUACCAUGUUUGAUUUUGUGAAUGUCUUGAUGCUUGUGCAGGCCAUGGAGAUGUUCAAGAUACUCGGUGUCCAGAAGGUUGCCAUUUACAAAACCAGCUGCGAUCCUGUUACACAGAAAGUCCUGGAUUACUACGUCAGACAGAACUUUGUGGAAAUCAUCCCUUGGAGUGUCUCAUCAUACAUCAAAGUUUCCAGAGGUUGGCAAACGUCAGUAUCACCAGGAGAGUUGCAUUACUUUGGGCAAAUUGCAGCACUCAAUGACUGUGUGUAUCGUUACAUGUACCAGAGUCACUAUGUAGCUCUGCAAGACUUGGAUGAAUUCAUCCUGCCUAUGAAUUUAAACAACUGGAAAGAGCUUCUGCCUGAAUUGGAGAGGAAAUACAGUCAGAGUGUGGGCUUUGAGUUUGAAAAUAACUUUUUUCCUCUUUCCAUAAAGGAUCCAAGACCUGAGUAUUCACCAGACUCUUGGAAGAAGGUGACAGGAGUCAACAUUUUAGACCAUAUCUACAGGUUAAGCAAUGAUCCUACAAAGUUCAAUAAUUUCAAAGUCAUUGUAAAUCCUCGUUUAGUGUUUCAGACUACAGUGCAUGGAUUUUUGAAGUCUGUGGGGAACAGUGUCAGAGUGGACUCAAAGAUCGCCCGUAUGUACCACAUGAGGAACAUAUCGGAGGAAAUCGUAUCAAUGCGUACUCAAAUACGAGAUGCACGUCACAGGGACUAUGCGGAUCAGCUGAUCCCUGCCGUUUCUGAAGUGCUUCAACAAGCAUUGGCAUAAACUAUACACAUGCACAAACCAUUUCAUGAAAUGAAAAAUGCAAAAACAUAGGCUAUCAUGAAAGAUCUUUUAAUGAACAAAUAGGAACAUAAUUUUCUCAUCUCAUUAUCUCUAGCCGCUUUAUCCUGUUCUACAGGGUCGCAGGCAAGCUGGAGCCUAUCCCAGCUGACUACGGGCGAAAGGCAGGGUACACCCUGGACAAGUCACCAGGUCAUCACAGGGCUGACACAUAGACACAGACAACCAUUCACACUCACAUUCACACCUACGGUCAAUUUAGAGUCACCGGUUAACCUAACCUGCAUGUCUUUGGACUGUGGGGGAAACCGGAGCACUCGGAGGAAACCCACGCGGACACGGGGAGAACAUGCAAACUCCACACAGAAAGGCCCUCGCCGGCCCCGGGGCUCGAACCCAGGACCUUCUUGCUGUGAGGCGACAGCGCUAACCACUACACCACCGUGCCGCCCACAUAAUUUUCUACCAGCCUUAAUAAAACACAACACUUAAAAUGUUUUACUCAACUGAUUACAAUAUGUGAAAGUGCAAAUGUUUCUCAAACAUCGUAGUAAAUAUAGAAAUUUGACCUAUAUGACUGAUUCACCUGAAAUGUUGUAGCUGAAAAUUAUAGCUACCAUUAUAUGGAGUCUUUAAGUUAAUUGGACAGUUUUGCCUAAAGAAUUCAACUGUGUUAAAAUAGAGAUAUUUCAUAAUUUGUCAAACACUGGAAAUAUUGUUAAUAAAUUGCUGUGAUUUUGUUUGAUUGUUUUAUAAUGGUGUUGAUAUUGGUGUUGUCUGAGGUUUCAUUACUAGCUACCUUGUAACAUUUACCAAUAGCUGACAAAUAAAUAGCAAGAUUGUAGAAGCUAUGGGCUAAGUCAGCUAGCUAGCUAAUACAGCAGUGCACAUUUAUAAUGCUCUUUAGCUAAAAUAGUCUGUAAAUAUACAGGAAACCCUUUAAUAGUGGUGUUAUAAUCUAAUUAGUUUUCUUAUGAAACAAAGAUUUUGGAGCAUACAUUUAGCGCAUUUUGCAAGUGAAAAUGUAACUCAAAGUCAUCUACAGAAAGUCAUCUGGUCACCAAGCAAGUUUGUAGUGAGCUAUCUAGCUCUUUGAACAGUAUGGACUAUCUUGUUAUAGAAAUAGACAACAAAGUUGAUGUAGAGGACUGAGAGAGGAAGAGAGGUCAAACACUGAAAUAGCAUCAAGAGAGCUUGAGUCAAUUCCUUGUGCCUAUUCAAUAUUAUUUUACAAAGAACAAGACGUACGUCAAAUAGAUUAUUAUUAAAGGGAUCAUACAGGACUAAAUACCCCAUGAAAUAACUGAGCCCACAUAUUUCACAUUCCUGCUUACCACUGUUACAUUCAGUGCUCUUAUUUUAUAUACAACCCCGAUUCCAAAAAUGUUGGGACAAAGUACAAAUUGUAAAUAAAAACAGAAUGCAAUAAUUUACAAAUCUCAAAAACGGAUAUUGUAUUCACAAUAGAACAUAGACAACAUAUCAAAUGUCGAAAGUGAGACAUUUUGAAAUUUCAUGCCAAAUAUUGGCUCAUUUGAAAUUUCAUGACAGCAACACAUCUCAAAAAAGUUGGGACAGGGACAAUAAGAGGCUGGAAAAGUUAGACACAAAAAAGGAACAGCUGGAGGACCAAAUUGCAACUCAUUAGGUCAAUUGGCAAUAGGUCAUUAACAUGACUGGGUAUAAAAAGAGCAUCUUGGAGUGGCAGCGGCUCUCAGAAGUAAAGAUGGGAAGAGGAUCACCGAUCCCCCUAAUUCUGCGCCGACAAAUAGUGGAGCAAUAUCAGAAAGGAGUUCGACAGUGUAAAAUUGCAAAGAGUUUGAACAUAU